UGAAGAGUCCACACUGUACACUGGAAACUCUCAGGAGCACAUAUGCAGUACAGUAAAACUGAACUGCUUGCGGUUCUAAACCACAAAAACCUGCACACCUUUGCUGACAAUGACUGGGACUCAAUUCCCCCUGAGAUCCGGAGGGUCACCGACUCUAAUUUCACCAUACCACCGCUGAAGUGGCGUAGGCGACGGAGGCACAGGAAACAGAAGAGAGGGAAGAGAGCGGGGCUGAAGGCUAGGCUACGUGCUAACCCACACGGACCGGCUAUUCUUCCUCUUCCUCACCAACUCACGGUCACUAAAUAACAAGAUGGAUGAGCUACGACUGCGGAUCACCUCACGCUGUCUGGAUUACUGUGUUAUGAUCAUCACAGAGACUUGGCUGGACUCUUUCACCCCAGAUACUGCGAUUGAGCUAGCGGGCCACGCUACGUUCAGAGCGGACAGGAACAAAGAGUCCGGUAAGAAACGCGGGGGAGGUCUGCUAGUGUUUGUAAACAAUAACUGGUGCACCAACAACACAGUUAAAGUCGUUCACUGCUGCCCAGACAUAGAAUACAUGAUGGUUCAGUGCAGACCCUUCUACUUGCCGAGAGAGCUCACAGUGAUCACAAUAAUAGCAGUUUAUGUGCCGCCGCAAGCUAAUGCUAAGUCAGCCAUGGAGCUACUCCAGCGCUCCAUUAAUAAACAGCUAACAACGCACCCGGACUGCGCUGUGAUCGUGGCAGGAGACUUUAACCACGCAAACCUGAAAUCUGUCCUGCCUGGAUUCUUUAAAAACGUGAGCUUUCCGACGAGGGAAAACAACACACUAGACCAGGUCUACACCAACAUCCCAGAUGCUUACAAGGCCACCCCUGUGCCUCAUCUCGGUCUCUCUGAUCAUCUCUCUCUGUCCCUGAUCCCUGCUUAUAAACCUCUAAUUCAAAGACAAAAACCAUCUGAAAAAUCAGUAAGAGUGUGGACCACGGAAGCCACCAUGGCCCUACAAGACUGUUUUGAUAACACCAAUUGGAGUGUAUUUGCAGAAGGAUCAGACUUGGAGGGCCACACAUCUGCCGUACUCUCAUACAUCAGCUUCUAUAGUGAAAGUGUAACAACAACAAAGACUGUUAAAGUGUUCCCGAACCAGAAGCCAUGGCUCAACAGUGAGGUGAGAGCCCUACUAAGAGCACGUGACAGCGCCUUCAAAUCAGGAGACCAACAAGUCUACAAAGAGGCACACCAAUCUCUGGUUAAAGGCAUAAAAGAAGCCAAGCGCAAAUAUAAACAGCGCAUCGAGGAACACUUUAACACAAAGAACUUCAGAAACAUGUAGCAGGGGAUCAAGACACUCACUGGCUACAAAGACAGUCGCACACAAACCAACUCCCCAGACAUCACCUUACCUGACACCCUAAACCAUUUCUUCGCCCGCUUUGACCAAGAAAACAGGGACACCAUCACCCAUCCUGCCGUUACAGAGAGGGACGACGCUCCCAUCCAGCUGGAGCAGCACCAGGUCAGAGCCACACUGCGCAGAGUCAACGCGAGGAAAGCAGCUGGUCCUGACGGUGUAGCCGGUAGAGUGCUUAAAGCAUGUGCAGACCAACUAGCAGAGGUUUUCACCACCAUCUUCAACCUCUCACUGCUACAGUCUGUAGUACCAUCCUGCCUUAAGUCAGCCACCAUCGUUCCAGUGCCCAAGAAGAACACAGUGAGCUGCUUGAAUGACUAUCGUCCAGUUGCUUUAACACCCAUAAUUGCCAAAUGUUUCGAACAGCUCAUCAUGUCACACAUUAAAGCUGCCAUCCCUGCAGACCUCGAUCCAUACCAGUUUGCAUAUAGGGCAAACAGGUUGACAGAGGAUGCCAUAAUAACAGCUCUUCACACAGCCCUCACACACCUGGACUGUAGUAACACCUAUGUGAGAAUGCUGUUUGUGGACUUCAGCUCUGCCUUCAAUACAGU